CCAGGAAGCCCUUGAAGACUCCCCUUACCUCUCUGAAGGAUUAGGUUUGGAGGAAGGGGAUUUGGGUGAUGACUCCCUGGAAUGGUGCAAGAGAGGCAUAGGAGAGGGUGACACUUCUGAGGGGUAUUUUGACUCCAGCUCUUGGGACAGCAACACCCUGUCAGAUUUGAGUCCAGAUGGGGAGGGCUCUUUGGAUGCCCUGCUGGGACUGGAGGACACCUGUGUUGCUCAGCGAGCAACAGCCAGCAGCUUCUGCGCUGGGCAGAGUAAAGCCCGACAGAGAGAAUCAGUGACAUCCAACAAUGGCCCCAGAGAUGCCACAGAGAUUUAUGUUAGACGAUCCAGAUGUAGCAGGAGGAAAAGCCCAGAGAACCACGUGGACCCUAAUAUUUCCUUGAAGCUCAGCACCAGAGACCUGUGCUCAGUUGAGAUUCGACCCCAUCCAAGUAGAGAGAAACUAAAACUAGACUUGCACCAAGAACAGUCCAGUUUACAGUCUGUUUGCACAGAUACUCAAGUCAAGGGCAGGACGGAGCCAUACAGUUUACAUAUACAAAGCCAACACAACACAGACACCUUUGACACAAAGGUAAAUAGUCCACCAGACACUCAGGAAGUGAAGUUGCAUGCACAGCCUGAAGAAAGCAAUCCCAACAGACUGAAUGAAUCUACAAACUCAGAAACAUGCAUGAUAUAUAUAGAUACUACAGAGGACAAGAUUGAGGAGAAACAACAACAGCAAAACACACACAGACAUGAGACGAGGUUACAGACAGGAAACACAGAUAGAAAAAGCAUAGAGAACACAGGCGGAGAAAGAUUAGAAAUUUAUAAUGUUCAGGAUGUAGAAGUAGCGAAUAUUGAACUACUCACUACUUACUCUGUAGAGAAAAAUACAGGUUUAAAUAAAUGCAACAGUGACGGUAAUGAUAGACAUCACAGACAGAGACAAAAUUUAAAACACCAGGGUAUAAUCAAUGAAGACAGAGAGAUACAAGCUAUAAAAGUGCACAGCAAGGACAAAAGGGACUUGUGCGAGAGUGUGGGGACAUAUUGUAAUGGAAAUUGUAAUGGAACACAUCACGAAAUAAAGAGUAAUUGUAAAGACAACACAUGCAUCGCUGAUACACAUUUCACUGAUGUAAUAAAUGCACAAACAUUUGACAGGACUUGUUCACCAGCACACUCAUACACAUACACAGACUCUCAGUUAAUUACAGAAAUUGUUGUAGCAAGUCCAAAUAUCACAGAAGCACAUGGUAUAAAGACAAAUAGUGUAUCGCAUAGCACAAAGUCAGAGCUCAGAGACACACUCAGAGAUACACAAAUCAAUGUAUUGGCACACAAGGUGGAUAUUUGCUGCUCACGAACUCUGUGUGAGGAGAGCCUCAACAUAGGACUAUCAGAGAUCCACCCUCAGGUUUAUACUACUGUAACAAAGCCCCAGGAUAAAGCAUGGAUGUCAGGUGUCUGCUUCCAAGCGGAGCAGUUUGGGUGUGCUGGCACUACAACAGAGGGGACUAAACCACCUGGGACAGAUCAAAAACAACCUCAGAGCAUAAGGUUGCAGCCGUGGCAAGUCCCAGGGCGAACCCAGGAUUUAAUCCCUAAUCACUUGGAUCAGAGGGGUGCUACGAUAGAAAUACCCACUCAUAGGCAGCUCCAUUCUGUGGACAAGCUUUUGGAGAGGGCACCGUCAGGCUCUGUAGAACCAGGGCCUCACUCAACUCAAAUCCAAUCUGACACUGGUAAGGGGUCUGAGGAAUGUCUGUAUCAUCACCCAUUCUCAAAUAAUCUGCUGUUUAUUUCUGGCAAACAAGGAGCAGAGGAUACCCCCCCUCUGUUAUCAGAGAACUUUGAAAGAGAGAGUAGGUGGGUAGGAUCACCCUGCUCUCUUCUCCAGCAAAACAAGGAGCAGGAGGUGGAGGAAAGGCAUGUUUAUCUUGACCAGGAACAAAUUGUGGAAGCAGUAAGCAAAGUCAGUCUUCCGCAGUCACAACUUGGCACAACAGAGCUUUCUGAGCACAGUAAGUUGAGAGUAAUUCCAAAAGCAAUUGCCAGUGAUUCAGGCGCCUACUUUAUUCAGCAUGUGCCUAGUCAGAUAGGAAAAACAUCAACAUGUCCUGCUGCUACUGAGUCCAUUCAGGACAGUAGCAGAGAACACCCAGGUGUACCUCAGAAGGGAAUUUCCCUGACAAACACACAAACCACUGUCAGCACAAUUCCUAGCCAUUGUAAGCAAGUUAAGAUACCUGAACCUCCCUAUAGCCUGCAAGCCUCUCUUCCUUCGCUCUCGGACUCCAACAAUAACACCAAAGCUUGUAUAAAAGGAGUGGGGAAAGGGGAGGGUGUAGGCUGUUUCUCAGGGUCAGCCCAGAACAACUACAAAAAUAAUGAAAGAAUAAUUGGCCUCCUGGUUGAGCCAUCACUAUUUGUGACCUCUGACCCCUUGGAAGAUGUAGAAAAGCCCCAGGAAGAUUCUGAGGUGUUCCUCUCUUCACUGGACCACAGACCCAACUGGAGCAGUGAUGACUCUGCAUCUGUACUAGGUAAAGACCUUGCUAGCCAUAGCCAUUUAAGCUUGGCUCAUGCAUUUGAACUAGAAACACUAAAGACAGAGAAGAGUAUUGAGGAUAAUGCUGUCGUAGAAUAUCUAGAGUACAAGUGUUCUAACUCAGAAAGAAAUGAUGGCCUUAAGCCCUUAGUGUCAAGUUCAGAGAGCAGAGGCCUAUUAGUGGACUGUGAAUUUAAAGAAGAGAAGCACUAUUGUAGCCAACCCGGGGAUCACAGCUUACCUAAGAGAAGAAGAGGCAGCUCAUUCGAAUCAUUUGAGGAAUAUGCACUGGUUGAGGAGUGCAGAGACCACACACAGAUCAGCUUGCCAGCUCCACUGCAGGAGGUGAGGGUAGUAAAGUACUCACACCCUGAUGUCAACCUCAACCUGCUUGCUGUCAGUAGUUUAGAGCCAAUUCUGGAGGCAGAGCGUUCACUGGAAAAUUGUGGCACAACAGAGGGUGAUUUCAAAAAAGAAACAAAGAAAGAACAUGAGAUCAUGAGGCCUGCUGGGGAAGUUAGGGAUAAUAUUAGCCUUUCAGGGGACAUCUCCAGUCCCAAGACUCCACACCACCAGCCUGAGCAUGAAGAAGAAUCUUUAACCACUGCUGAGUUAAAACCUGAGGUGAACCCAGCAACAUCUGUCCUUUGUAGUAGUAGCGAAAAGCGCUGUACACCUAUGACUGAUGCCUAUGAUGCUGUGUCUGACACCUCAGCUAGCAGCAAUUGCGAGGAGUUGGAGGAUCCUCGCUUUGCUAUUUCAGCCAGAAAUGCAAACUCUGACAAAAUGACAAAGAGAAGCAAAACAAAAGGCAACCAGACAGGAAAUAAAGGCUCUAAGUUUUCUGUCUUUGCUAAAAUACCUUCUUUUAGGAAGGCUAAGGGCUCAAAGGGUGCCAAAAGUGAGGAGGUGCCCCAGGAGUCAUCAGAUGGAGGAGGUGAGGAGGAGGGCCUUCUGCCUGAGCAAGGGCCACAGAGGGACAACUCAGACGAUGAGGUUUUUGUCACAGGUGACAUUCUAAACCAAACAGUCCACCAAGCAUUUACCUCAUUGCGUUACAAGAUAGAAGAAGAGGACUGUGGCUCCCACCCCCCUACUCCCCACACUCGCCAUGUCCGUCAGCUAGUCAGGCAAGGGAGUGGUGGGGAGGGUAAUGGAAGACCAAGCCCAGACAACCCCAUCCUUAGGCAAGUCCAGUCACCUAAUGGGCAGACCUACAAGAGGAGCAAGAGCAAUGACAGUUUAAACAUCCGCAUGCGCUUUGCACAAGCACACAAGUCCCUUUUCAGCCUGUUUGAGUCCCGUUCGAUGGAUAAGGAUAAUGAGCGGCAGGCCACUGUGGGCAUUGAUGUGGAUUCUGGUAAUGCCAAACAAGCCUGGAAGAAGUUUAAAAAGGCCAAGGAGGCUGAACUUUUGAAAAGAACUCUUUCAAUGCCAGAUGGGGAAUGUAGAAACACGGCUUCUAAGCAGGACCUUGGAGACUUAACAUCCUCUCCACAGGACAGGCUCAGCAGUCCAGCGUCACCAUUUUCCCUCAGAAGCCUUCGCCACACUGAUCCCAUCUCCAAGCGGGGAGUUCCACAAGUUAGUGGAAGGGAAAACCUCCAUGGGUGCAAAUCUGAAGGCCAGAGAAGAAAAUGUUCACCAAAUGGUCUACCUACCACACUGUGUGUGUCUGGCCUACAUCCAUUUUUAGAUGACUCUGAAGUCCCACUGCCCAAUCACACCAGCUCUCUCUCAUCUUUGAGCCCCUACUCACUAGCUACCCUUGCACAUCAGCUUUCACCAUCUUGGACCACGUCCCACCCAAUGGCCAGUGAGGGCUUGACUGAGAGCCCCCUACGCCCAUUGAGCCCUAAACCCAACAGCCCUAGGCCAGCGACUCAGCGUGAAAUUUUUCGCUACCCUCUCUCAGCAGGGGCCAGUUCUGUCUCUCCUAUCCUUCCGGGCCAGUUGGUCAGCGUGGAGGAAUUGACAGAUCCCCCAGAGAGACCUAGAACCCUAAAACCCUCAGCUAGCCCUCUGGAUGUAGCUGAGAGCAGAAUAGACAGCCAGUCACACAUCAGCCUAUAUGCCAUUGGCUCCAUCAACAAAUUAGAGGGCAUAAAAAACGGUGGUCGACCUGCCAGCCAGUCCAGAACAAGAAAGCUGUUGGAGAUCAAGGGUGAGGGGAAGGCCUCUGUGGUUCCUGGCGGACUGAGGACUGGCUGCUGGGUGGAUGUGGGCCGUGAUGGAGGUGGCCAGCAGCGAAUGCUAGAGUGUUCAGAUGACCUCUGGAUUGAAGAGCAAAAGAAAUACAAAGGCAAACUGGGCAGAGCAAUCAGGGGGAGCCUGGGCCAACUGAACACACUCUUAUCUGAAGACAUGGACAAAAAUGAUGCCGGAGUCACCUUUGGGCCCAUCGAGGCCUUCCAGGGGAUGCCCCUCAAGGCCCACUGCUUCUCUCAGAGCACCCCUAUUGGUCUUGACUGCCUGGGCUGGAGAAGACGUAUCUCCUUCUCCUCUGUGGUUGUUCCUGACGGGGUGUCAGAGAACGCAGGGCUUGGGGUUGAGCUGGGCAGUGAAGAGGAUCUGCUGUAUGAAGAGUUUUGCAGUUCUGGACAUCGUUUUGGACACCCAGGAGGUGGCGGAGGAGAGCAGCUAGCCAUCAAUGAGCUGAUCAGUGAUGGUAGCGUGGUGUAUGCCGAGGCCCUCUGGGACCAUGUCACCAUGGACGACCAAGAGCUGGGCUUCAAAGCAGGUGAUGUCAUCGAAGUAGUGGAUGCAACUAACAAGGAGUGGUGGUGGGGUCGCAUCAUGGACAGCGAGGGCUGGUUCCCUGCCAGCUUUGUACGGUUGCGUGUGAACCAGGAUGAGCCCAUGGAGGAGUAUCUGGCACACCUGGAGGAGGCUCAGGCUGGAGAGGAGGACAGGGCAGGUCUGGGCUUGUUGCUAGGACCUGGUUUACCCUGCAAAGAGCAGAUGAGGACCAAUGUCAUCAAUGAGAUCAUGAGCACAGAGAGAGACUACAUCAAGCAUCUGAAAGACAUCUGUGAGGGUUACAUCAAACAGUGCCGUAAGAGGACAGACAUGUUCACUGAAGAGCAGCUUCGUACCAUCUUUGGCAAUAUUGAAGAUAUCUACCGAUUCCAGAGGAAGUUCCUGAAAGGCCUGGAGAAGAAGUUCAACAAGGAGCAGCCGCACCUCAGCGAGAUUGGCUGCUGCUUCCUUGAACAUCAAACAGAUUUCCAGAUCUAUUCAGAGUAUUGUAACAACCACCCCAACGCCUGCGUCCAGCUCUCUAAGCUCAUGAAGGUCAACAAGUAUGUGUUCUUCUUCGAGGCCUGCCGACUGCUUCAGAAGAUGAUUGACAUUUCCUUGGACGGCUUCCUGCUCACCCCAGUUCAGAAGAUCUGCAAGUACCCACUGCAGCUGGCUGAGCUGCUCAAAUACACCAACCCACAGCACAGGGACUACAAAGAUGUGGAGGCAGCCUUAAACGCCAUGAAGAACGUGGCCAGGCUGAUCAACGAGAGGAAACGUCGUCUUGAGAAUAUUGACAAGAUCGCACAGUGGCAGAGCUCCAUAGAGGACUGGGAGGGUGAAGACGUCCUCAGCAGGAGCUCUGAACUUAUCUUUUCAGGGGAGUUGACCAAGCUGUCCCAGCCUCAGGCCAAGAGUCAACAGAGAAUGUUUUUCCUCUUUGAUCAUCAGAUGGUGUACUGCAAAAAGGACCUCCUGCGCCGGGACAUGCUGUACUACAAAGGUCGGUUGGACAUGGACCACAUGGAGGUGAUAGAUGUGGAGGAUGGCAAGGAGAAGGACUUCAACAUCAGCGUGAAGAACACCCUGAAGCUGCGGUCACUGGCUGGUGACGAGAUCCACCUCCUGUGUGCCAAGAAGCCAGAGCAGAAACAGCGCUGGCUCAGAGCCUUUGCUGACGAAAGGAUUCAGGUCCAGCAUGACCGGGAGACAGGGUUCUCUCUCACAGAGGUCCAGAAGAAACAGGCCAUGCUGAAUGCCUGCAAAAGCCAUCCAGCUGGGAAACCCAAAGCGGUGACCAGGCCCUACUACGACUUUCUCCUGCGACAGAAACACCCCUCUCUCCCCACUGCUUUGCCCCAGCAGCAAGUCUUCAUGCUGGCUGAGCCCAAGCGCAAAACCUCCACCUUCUGGCACAACAUUGGCAGACUGACACCCUUCAAGAAGUAAAAAAAAAGUAUAUAUCAUAAAGGAAAAGAAAAGUUGUGGAGAGAAGGAACAGAGGAGAAAGAGAAGAGCUCCCUGCUCAUGCCUGAAUAGACCCUUUUUAAUUCUUCCUCUCUUUUCGUUGCUAUUCGUAACAUUUCCCUAAUUGACAUACUGAUUUAUUGUAUAGAUGAGGAUGAUUAUGAUGAGGAGGAGAUUAUCUUUUUGAAAGCACUUUAUAGGUUGAUUAACAAUCAGACUUGAGAAUGGUCUCCUGGAGACACUGAGUCAAACAGGGAGAGUAGACUCUUGUUUAACUUACUACUUCUACACCUUCAAUCAAGCGCCGAUUGGUACUAAUACUACUACCGUACUGCUGCGAGUGAGAGUGGGACUCCUAACUGUGCUGCCUCUACCUGUGUGUUUUAUGCUUUGACAGAUGCCAAGUGUUCACAGUGCCAGAUGAUUUGUUUUUAUAUUCGUUUGUUCCAUGUCUGCUUAUGAAAAAAAGGGAAAAUUGGAGGAGGUGGAUAAAGUUUCAUGUGCUUUCCUCUGUGCAAAUAUAGAAUUUCCGCUGGGUUUUUAAGUGUUUUGUGAUCGCCAUCUGCAAGGAUUUGGUUCUGUAUGUCUCUGGUGCAUUUGUGGUAUUGUGCAAACACUUUGUCAAAGUCAUCAAAUGCAGCCCAAAGAAGAUUCAACUCAUCACAGAUUAGGAGAUUUUUCUUCAAACAAACAGCAGCAACCCACAUGCUCCGACAACACACAUUCCUCGAGUCUGAUCCUCGACUCCUCCUUAUACCUACCAUGUCAAUGAAAGUAAACAACCUGUUCUUUUUAUCUUUUUUUUAAGUGCCAUUUGAAGUGUGUCAUGGAUGACAUACAAUGACAUGCAUGGAUGUGAUGAAAAAAUACUGUGAAGAAUAUUUUUUUAUGUCUGAAGAACCCUGCUAUAUUUAACCAGAUUCAGGAACUGAAGUUUCAUUGUGCUACUAGGCUGACAGCAUCAUGCACACAUGCGCGCGUGCGCACACACACACACACACACACACACACACACACACACACAGAUGCUCCUUUAACCUGUACUUCUGAUAUCCAGUAUUUCUGCUCUGUGGUCUGGUCUGGUCUCCAGUAUAAUAUCAUUUCAGAUCAAUGCAGCCCAGUGAUAUAGCUCUGUAAGUGCAUUCAGUGAAAUGUACCCCUUUCACCUUUAUGUUAGAAUAUUUUGGCUUCUGAUGAUAUGGAAUAUUAAAAAUUCCUAAACUGACAAAUGUGGCCGUCAGUUGGGGUGAUUAUUAUUUUAUUUCACACUGAACUGUUCUUGAAACUUGUUUAAAUUGUGUCAUGCAUGUGUCAUGCAAAACCGUGUACUACAUUCUAUGACAAUUGUCUUUUUUUAACAUCCAAUACCAAAGUUUUUUUCUUUCUUUCUACAGUAUCUGCACAUGGCAAAAGGUUGUGGUAACAUUAUGUCCCUAAGAUCUCAUAACUAGGGCUAGGUAUCAGUUCAAUACUUUUUGGGUACUGACUGAAAAGUGUCCGAGUAUCAAAAACUGUCAAAUACUGAUAAUUGGCAUUAAUUGUGUGUCUAUUUAUUCAUUGAUCUGAUUUUUUCUGAUUUAAAUAAUUUUGCUCAUUUUUAGACUUUAGAUUUUACACGGCUGUUCCUGAGGUGAAGAAUGAACUUCAGUGCUCAACGCUAAUGCAGUUUUGACGAGAGAAUUAAUGCACACUUUAUGAGUCUGAGGGAUUAUAUAAUUCAAGCAAGAUUCAAGAGUAUGCUAAUGCAUUUACAUUAAACAUACAGAAAUAAAUGAAAACCAAUAUAUGUCUAGAAUGGUAAUAAAAAAUCUGUUUAUUUUUUUUAGAACACAGCAGCAUGGUUAGCUGUGGUUAAUAAUUCUGUCUCAAUAUUAUCAGCCCAAACAAUAGGCUACAGGGGUUUUGUUGCUGAUACCAAAAUCAAUAUUUGAGUUACAUUUCUUAAUUUUAUAUUGUUAUUUUUAACAUAACAUGAAAAACAUUUUUCAUAAGCAUUCCUUAUGGUUGGUUCUUAAAGUGCUCUGAGAGGUCUCUGGUGGACAAAUUAUGUAAUGGCAACACUAUUUCGUGUACGCCAUUAAGAACGAUUCAGUCUGUGUUGUAUCGGAAAGGGUCAAUGUGCAUCACCUUCCUUCAUUUCAAUUCAAUUCAAUUUUAUUUAUAUAGCGCCAAUUCAUAACAGAAGUUAUCUCAUUGCACUUUUCCUAUAGAGCAGGUCUAGACCGUACUCUUUAUAAUAUUAUUUACAGAGACUCAACAAAUCCCACCAUGAGCAAGCAUUUGGCGACAGUGGCAAGGAAAAACUUCCUUUAAGAGGCAGAAACCUUGGACCGAACAAGAUUCAAUGGUGGGCGGCUAUCCGCCGCUGCCGUGUUAGGUUCCUUAACAACCCUCCUCUCAACAAGGGUUGGACAAUGUCAGCAGGGGCACCGUGAAGUGGGGAAAGCAUACUACAUGAACAUGGAACAUUAAAUAACUGAGGAAAUGAUUUAGGGUCCCAAUAUAAUAUUUUAGCCUAUUGGAAUUUCAGAAAUAAAAUUAUAGUGUGUUUGUCCAUUCCUUUUUUGCUAAAAUCAUCCAGGUAGCCUGCCAUAUCACACCCCUCAGUAUAAACAUUGAAUGGUUCAGUCAGCGGCGAGUUUUGAAGUGUGUGUGUGGGGGGGCAUAGGCUUUUUCAUGUCAACUUCCUUUCAAUCUCUGCCUAGCCUACCGUUUUUGUAUAGCUAAAAUAUGGUAAGAAAUCAGCAGUAGAGUAUUUUUUUUGCUAAACUACGGUGGGGCUAAUCCAUACAGUGUUGGGGCUCAAAUCAAUGUCAGAAUUUCAAUGUGAAUGCAAUAGAAUAGCACCCGCCCCCAACAGCUAGAAAUACCAUGAAUUAGGCUACUAUGGGUUAGAUGUUUGCACUGGGUCUGUGUAUCAUCUGAUCAUUCAAUUAUUCCAUUAAAUCUGGCAAACGGAAAAA